UUUGUACUUCCAAGACUAUAGUGGCUGCUAUACCUCCUGCCAGUCAAACCGCCAUAGCGUCGUCAAAUCUUCAUGGAAUUUCAUGAUUCAACUUGCUGCUGAUAGACGA